AUGGAAGAUAACGCGUGUGAUACCCGUCUCCCCGAGAGGAUUUUCGCCACUGAUAGAUUCCCCCGUAAUCGUUUGAUUAUCUACUCUAGGCCGAACAUUCUAGCUUUCGUUCGCCACGUUCUUCGCGGUUCUGAAGCGUUUGCAAAGAUUAGGAAAUCUUCCUUCGGAAAGCUUUUUGAUCUCCAACUCUUGCGCUGCAAUCAAGAACACACGCUAUGGUUUGUGUUUGGUAAAGACCCUCUUAGAUUCAGCCUCGAAGAGUUUGGGACCAUUACCGGCCUUAAUUGUGGCUCAUUCCCCGACGGCUACGAAGCACCUGACCACAACCUAAAGGAUGCAAACAAGCAGAAGGGCGCACACAAAGAUCCGUUGUGGCAGAAGAUAGUAGGCAAGUACGACAAUAUCACCAUUGCAGACUUAGCUGACGAGCUUGAGCACGACCACCAAAUGGAUGAGUGGAGGAGAAUUCGGCUUGCUCUCAUCAUCAUACUCGAUGGAGUCUUGAUCUCCUCCCAACAGAUUCCCCGCCCUACGCUGAGGUACGUUCAGAUGCUAGACGAUGUUGAUGCUUUCCUCGAAUUUCCUUGGGGGCAUGAAUCGUUCCUACACACUGUGCGCUGCAUGAAACCGCCUAAGUUCGAGAAAGGCAAAACCGUAGACAGCCCAGUUGAUAUGCUUGUUCUGAAGCUCAAACAAGAAACAUUCCGUCUCACCGGGUUCCCUCUAGCUUUGCAGUUACUCGCUUUCAGAGCCAUACCCAUGUUGCUCUCUAAGAUCCUUUCUCCCUUAAACGACCAGACACCCAGUUGA